UUUAGCCUGACAUGCACACACAUCUGCACACAAAGUGAAGUUUACAUUCACUGCACCUGGUUUCAGCCAUAGGUGGUGACUUUCUUUCCGAUUAAAAGGAUUACCUUCACUAUUCUUUCUUCUCGACCACGAAUGGAGUCUAAAUGGGACCUACAUUUGGGAGUUGUGUUUCUUUUACUCCAGGUCCUUUGCUGUGGAUCUGGAGAAUCGACGCCAUGUUCUCCAGGAUUUGCGUCUGAUCUUUUCCUCUUUAGAGUUCACAGAGAACACCUGCACAGGGGCACGAGACUCGGCACAGUUGUUUUUAAUGACUGCAAUGGAAGAACACAGACAGUCUUCGACUCUUCCGAUAAGCGGUUUCACGUAGCUACGGAUGGCACCAUGAAGCUGAAGAGAUCGAUCACUCUUCAUGGCGGCCAUAAGAUGUUCUCCGUCCAUGCUUGGGACUCCAACAGAAAGAAACACACCACGUCGGUAAACGUGGAACAUCUGCGUCGAGCUGGCCAUCAUCAUGGGCUGCUGGAAGACGAUGUGGCAAUUGAGCCAGUGCAGACCGAAACCACUUCAGAUCUCUUGUAUAUGGAGUUUCCAAGAGCAAGUGGGUUGCGGAGGAGAAAGAGAGAGUGGGUGAUUCCUCCCAUCAAAAUCUCAGAGAAUGACCGAGGCCCUUUCCCUAAGUCGAUGGUGCAGAUUAAGUCCAGCCAUGCCAAAGAAACACAGAUGGUGUAUGAAAUCACAGGUGAAGGAGCAAACCAGCCUCCAGCGGGACUUUUCACAAUAGACAAAUACACUGGAAUGCUUUUUGUGUCAAAGCCUCUAGACAGAGAAGCGAGAGAUAAAUAUGUGCUGCAAGCACAUGCCAGGUCCGUUUCUGAUGGCAUUAAAGAACCCGAAAUGGAGGUUAUAGUCGAGGUAAUCGACCAGAAUGAUAACUCUCCUGUCUUUACCCAAAAUCCAUUUAUUGGAAGUGUACCAGAAGCUUCAAAAAUAGGAUUUGAGUUCAUGACGGUCAACGCCACCGAUGCAGACGAGCCGAACAACGACAACUCCGAUAUCCGGUUCUCCAUCAUCAGUCAGCUUCCAGCAGAGCCAAAUCCAAACAUGUUUGCAGUCAACCCCAUCACUGGGGCGAUUCGAGUGAAUGCUGAUGGUCUGGACAGAGAGAAAUAUCCUCAAUACACGCUGGAGAUUCAAGCAGCAGAUAUGCGGGGGGACGGUCGCCCGGUCAUGGGGAAAGCUGUUAUUACCGUAACAGACAACGCACCUCAAUUUGAGCAAAACUUGUACACAGUGUCUGUCCCAGAGGAUAAAGUGGGAGCUUUGGUAGUGAAAAUGCCAGUGACUGAUGAAGAUGAGGUACAGUCUGAUGCCUGGGCAGCAACGUUUAAGUUCGUCAGUGGUAACACAGGUGGAUUUUUCACUAUUGCCACGGGACCAAACCAACAAGAAGGCGUCAUUACAACCGCCAAGGCAUUGGACUUUGAGAAAAACAACAAAUACACGCUGGUGGUGGCUGUAGAAAACACGGUUCCGUUUGCCAGACCUUUGCCUACCUCAACUGCCACGGUCAUCGUGAACGUGCUGGACGUGAACGAGGCUCCAGUGUUCGACCCGCCAGAGAAGUUCAUUUCUAAACCCGAAAAUACACCAGUGGAUAGCGAACUGACCGUGUACACCGCCACCGAUCCGGACACCAUGAAGAAGCAGAUAGUGACCUACCGUAUAGGCAGCGAUCCUGCUGGAUAUCUGAAUGUUAAUAAAGACACCGGACUAAUUAAAGUCAAGAGUCCCAUGGACCUGGAAUCUAAUUUUGUGAAAGAUGGCAAAUACAGAGCUCUAAUUCUAGCUAUUGAUAACGAUGAAGUUCCAGCAACUGGUACUGGUACCCUUGUAAUCGAGUUGGAGGAUGUAAAUGAUAACGCCCCAGUAAUUACAGAGAGGGCCUUCACGUUAUGUAAUAAGGAGACGCCUCCAGUGUACCUGUCGGUGACUGAUAAGGAUGGGCCUCAGUUUGCAGCUCCUUUUAGUGUCCAGCUGCAAGGAGAAAGCAAAAACAAUUGGAUCACCAAGAUGAAUGAUUCUAAAACGGGGAUCAUACUUACACUCAAACCGAAGACUCAACUCGACUAUGGCAUUUACAACAUCGUUCUAAGGGUGUACGACAACCACGACCUCUCACAAGACAACAGCGUCGAUGUCACUAUAUGCGAAUGCAUGGGAAGUCUCUGCCUAGCUGGAUUCGGCCUCACCGAGGUGCUUGGAAUUUUAGGGGCAUCUUAACUCUGUUGUGUAAUUUGCCAUUAUUUAUUUAUUUAUUUUAUCAUAUUUGGGGUUUUAUACACUCAUAACUUUAAGGUUCCCUGGUGGUCUAGUGGUUAGGAUGCGGCACUCUCACCGCUGCGGCCCGGGUUCGAUCCCGGUCAGGGAACCAACCCCAGCCAUUAGAGUUGCACAAGCCUUAGUGCCGGUCCCAAGCCCGGAUAAAUGGUUAGGAAGGGCAUCCAGCGUAAAAACAUGUGCCAAAUCAAACAUGCUUAUUACAUUUACGUUUUCAUAGAACCUGAAGGCGACAGAUAACAACCCCACUGCUCCUCCAUAAUAUUCCCUGCUGGUGUUUGAUUAUGUAGGUGGUGGAUCAGAGGUGGGAUCUCUCAGCUCCCUGGACUCCUCCAGCUCAGGAGAUCAGGACUACAACUGCCUCGGCGAAUGGGGAGAUAUUUGCCGACAUGUACGGAGAUGGAGAGGACUGAGGAGGAGAUCAGGAGGAGCGCUUUUGGGGGAAAUGGUCUGGUGAGGCAUGAUGAAGCACAUGGUGGGAUGAGCUGUAAAUACGGGACAGUUUUAGUUUCCAUGUUGGCUUAUGAAUAGUAUCGGGACGCCACGGUCCCAAACAGUCCAAAAACAAAGACCUGUUAAAGAAAUCGCCUUUUUUUUGUAUUUGUUAAUGGAUGAACUUUACUGCAUGGUUUUCAAAGCACUGAGGUACAAUGUUUAACAAUCAAUAAAGUUUUA